AUGACACAAACACAAUCGCCACCCAUUCCGUCACCUCCGCCAAAUCUCAGCGCCAAACUACCCAAGCUCAUUCCCCGCAAACGCGCCCCCACAUCGCGAGAACCGCCUUCUGCCCCUCCCCCGCCAACGCCUUCACUACCUGCGCCGCCGAAUCUAGAGAGACAUAAAUACACACGACCUUCGAGGCGGAUAUUGAGUCCAGAAGAUCAUCAUCUCUUCCUAAAGAGUGAGACGUGCACACUGGUCGAAGCUUUUGUAUUCGGCAUCGCAGACUCGGUGCGCGACCGCAGCAUCUCGAGCAUCAAAGAUGAGGAAGUCACAGACACAGUCAAAACAGUCGUCCAGAUACUAGUAGAGGCGGACAAGGUGUUGGAAAGAUGUCCAAGGGAAGACACCGGCUCACGAUUCGGAAACCCAGUCUUCCGUACGUUCCUCGACGAGGUUGAGAUCUCAUUACCACUGUGGCACGAGAAGCUGGGGUUGAAAGACAAGGCGCAGAUCGACGAGAUAGCGACGUAUCUUCACAACUCCUUCGGAAACAAGCGACGUAUAGACUACGGAUCUGGCCACGAGCUGAACUUCUUCCUCUGGCUACUUUGUCUAAAUCGUAUCGGCAUCCUCCCAGACAAAACCUUCCCCGCGCUCGCCCUCGUCAUUCUUCCUGCAUACCUACGCCUCAUGCGUAGUGUACAGGAAUCAUACUACCUCGAGCCCGCGGGUUCUCAUGGUGUUUGGGGACUAGACGACUACCAGUUCCUUCCCUUCCUAUUCGGCGCAGCACAACUUCUUCACCAUCCAUACAUCACACCGAAGAGCAUACACAACGCCUUGGUACUAGAGGAGGAGAGCAAGGACUAUCUAUACCUGGACCAAAUAUCCUUUGUCAACUCUGUCAAGAACGUUGAAGGUCUGCGGUGGCAUUCACCCAUGCUCGAUGACAUAUCCUCGGCGAAGAAUUGGUUGAAGAUUGAAUCCGGAAUGCGCAAAAUGUUCCGCAAGGAGAUCUUAGAGAAGUUGCCUGUCAUGCAACACUUCCUUUUCGGUAGCUUGGUACCACCUGUGGAUGGAAUGAGUACUGAAGAGGAGGCGGGUGUGGAGAAGGAGGAAGAGGAGGAAGAGUGUGGAGAGGUCAAGGUGUUUGAUGAUGAGACGGGAAAGAGACAUGUACACGCGAGUGCCGGCUGGGGAGAUUGCUGCGGAAUUCGCGUGCCGGCUGCUGUUGGCGCCGAGGGUGAAGCGAGGAAAGGUGGUGCUAGGGGGUUGCGGAGAGUGCCUUUUGACUGA